GUGACAGAGCCCAUAGUUCUCCAUCACUACGGGCGAAGAAACUACCUGAUCUUAAUACUAUUGAAGGAAAAUAAAAUAAUAAGUUAAUUAGAUUCCGGCGUUUAAAAAUCAACGAGCGAGGUAUACAAAUACAGGUCGAGGACCAGUGAGCUCUUAUUUGCAAAUAUGAGUUUCUCCAGCGAUGAAGUGAAUUUUUUAGUAUACAGAUACCUACAAGAGUCCGGCUUCGUGCAUUCGGCUUUUGUAUUUGGCGUUGAGUCACAUAUUUCACAGAGCAACAUAAAUGGCGCAUUGGUUCCGCCAGCUGCCCUUCUAACUAUCCUUCAAAAAGGUCUAAUGUAUACUGAAGUCGAGUGGAGUGUCGGCGAAGAUGGUGAGAUUGGGCGACCUGUUGAAGGGCUCAGUCUAAUAGAUGCGGUUAUGCCCGAAGUAAAACCGCCAAAACCACCAACCGUAAAGUCGGAGCCAGGUAAAGCGGGUGCCGACAGUAGUAGUGUUGUUGCAUCAGCCACUACAACAAGUAGUGCGGUAAAAGCAGAAGUUAAAGCUGAAAGCAACCCAGCUGGAGCUACAACAAAUGAGCAAACUGCAAGUGGAGUUGCAACGACUUCUAUAGACUCGAAUGAAACAGAUGGAAAUACAAAUUCAUCUGCCGGUAAUACAGGGACAGCGAGCACAUCAACAGCAGCGGCCAAUUCUACAGCUGGCACAGGUGCCGACAACACUGUUACAGGAAAUAAGAAGGCAAAUGGGACUGAAGGAACAACCGGCAGCUCAAUUUCCACGGACGAAUCUACACAAUGCGCUACUGCCAAUAACAACAAUAAUGCUGCAGCCAAUACCAAUGUAAACGAAACGGCAUCUGCUGGUGUUUCAACAACUGGAGUAACAACAAGCACAAAUAUUUCCAGUAGUGGUGCCACAACAACGGCCACUGGCAGCACAACUAAUACAAAUUCUACUUCUGAUGCCAUGACACAGAUUCAAAUUUCUAAUAGUGGAGCAGUGGCAGGAGCUGUAGAGCCCAUGGAUAUUGAUCAAAGUAUUGAAAUACCAGCCUCCAAAGCUACUGUUUUGCGCGGGCAUGAAAGCGAGGUAUUCAUUUGCGCUUGGAACCCCAGUCGUGAUUUAUUGGCAAGUGGUUCUGGUGAUAGUACCGCGCGUAUUUGGGAUAUGUCUGACGCAACUUCUAGCCCCAAUCAAUUGGUAUUGCGGCAUUGUAUUCAAAAGGGUGGUGCUGAAGUUCCCAGCAACAAGGACGUAACGUCUUUAGAUUGGAACUGUGAUGGCACUUUGUUGGCCACCGGCAGUUAUGAUGGGUACGCAAGAAUUUGGAAAACCGAUGGCCGCUUAGCAUCGACACUAGGGCAGCACAAAGGUCCAAUAUUUGCAUUAAAAUGGAAUAAACGCGGCAACUUUAUUCUCUCGGCUGGCGUAGAUAAAACAACCAUUAUUUGGGACGCUUCCACAGGGCAAUGCACUCAGCAAUUUUCUUUUCAUAAUGCUCCUGCACUUGAUGUUGAUUGGCAGACUAAUGUAUCUUUUGCCUCAUGCAGUACGGAUCAGCGUAUUCAUGUCUGCCGGUUGGGUUCAGAUGUGCCAAUUAAAACAUUUAAAGGGCACACCAACGAGGUGAAUGCUAUAAAAUGGUGUCCACAGGGUCACUUACUUGCUUCUUGCUCGGACGAUAUGACUCUGAAAAUUUGGAGUAUGAAACAAGAUAAAUGUUGUCAUGACCUGCAAGCACAUUCAAAAGAAAUUUACACAAUAAAAUGGUCUCCUACUGGUCCGGGUACACAAAAUCCGAACACAAACCUGAUAUUAGCAUCUGCAUCGUUUGAUUCGACUGUACGAUUAUGGGAUGUAGACCGUGGCAGUUGCAUACAUACGCUUACGAAGCAUACGGAACCAGUGUAUUCCGUUGCAUUCAGCCCUGAUGGCAAAUAUUUAGCUUCAGGGAGUUUCGAUAAGUGCGUGCACAUUUGGAGUACCCAGUCCGGGCAGUUGGUACACAGUUAUAAAGGCACGGGAGGAAUAUUCGAAGUGUGUUGGAACUCCAAAGGUACUAAAGUGGGAGCCAGCGCAUCUGAUGGAAGUGUUUUCGUCUUAGAUUUGAGAAAAAUCUAAAAAUAUUUACUUAUUGGGCUUUUGAGCAGUUAUUUUAUGCAAAAGCAGUACAAUUCUUUGUUUUUAUUUGCGAAUCAAAAUAUCUGAACCUAAAAUCUAUCUGUUUUCUUACAGAUUUCAAAGUACAAUAUUAAGUGUAUGUAUUCUGUAUUUUUGUAGCACUUUCAUAUGUAUAACACAGUAAUUGUUCGCGCCUAAUACGCUAUUUGCAAUUAGACCUUAAGCUUAUGUCUGGUUUGGCAGCACUGUUUGUAAGCUGUCAAACUUGACAUCCUUUCUACUUCCCUUCUAUUAAAUGGAUUUAAGC